CCUGAAUGGAGAAUCGACCGCUACAAUUAAAGAAGAUCCAACGACCAAAGGGCGUGCGCAAGUUAAGGUGAACGCGCACUGCAGCCACUGGCGAAGUUAUCCCUGCUAGUGUUGACGGCUUCACGCUAUACACUGACUACUGUGCCGAUGAAAAGUCUUUGGAGUGAUCUCAAAGUAGUUCAAUCUAGUUUGGAGACCAAUUUUUUAUUUAUUGAAUUACAAACUCCGGACAAAUUCAAGGGACUUUAACAGUUUAGUCUUUGUCAGAACUCAAAUAACAUGAUGGAUGCCUCUAAAUGCGCGAUUCUUCUACUUUCAAUACACCUCGUGCUGUCUGUGGUGUCGUCCAUGCAGAUGUGUGAUGUGGUGAAUGAGAUUGAGCAGGAGAAAGAGCACUGCGAGAACAGAACCGCAGGGAAUGUCACGGAAGGUUGCCAAGGGAUGUGGGACUCGAUCGCCUGUUGGCCAUCAGCAAAGUUUGGAGAGGUGGUCACAAUAUUCUGCCCUACUUACUUCAGUUACUUUAGUGAUCAGCAUAAAGGUAAAGUGAAUCUGUCUAAGACCUGCACCACAGAUGGCUGGACAGAGAUGCACCCCAUCGACAUCGCUCUGAACUGUGGGUACAACAUGAACAACACGGGCGACGACGGAAAAUUUUUCUCGCAAGUGAAGAUUGGUUAUACUAUUGGCCACAGUGUUUCUUUAAUCUCCCUCAUCGCAGCCAUCAUCAUACUGUGUAUAUUCAGGAAACUCCACUGCACCAGGAACUACAUCCACAUGCAUCUUUUCGUGUCGUUCAUACUGAAAGCCAUCGCUGUUUUCAUCAAGGACGUUGUCCUCUAUGAAGUCGGAGAGGUCGACAACUGUUCCCCUGGAUCUAUGGGCUGCAAGGCGGUGAUAGUCUUCUUCCAGUACUGCAUCAUGGCCAGCUUUUUCUGGCUCCUGGUUGAGGGCCUUUAUCUCCACGCCCUAUUGGCUGUGUCUUUCUUCUCAGAGAGGAAGUACUUCUGGUGCUACAUUCUGAUUGGCUGGGGAGGACCAAUGCUUUUUAUCACGGCUUGGAGCUUUGCCAAAGCUUACUAUAAUGAUGUCGGGUGCUGGGAUAUCAUUGAGAAUACCGAUAUGUUCUGGUGGAUCAUUAAAACGCCCAUACUGGCAUCAAUUCUGAUGAACUUCAUUCUCUUCAUCUGCAUCAUCCGGAUACUUCGCCAGAAGAUUAACUGCCCAGACAUUGGAAGGAACGAGUCUAACCAGUACUCGCGGUUGGCUAAAUCAACUCUUCUGUUGAUUCCCCUAUUUGGGAUCAAUUUCAUCGUGUUUGCCUUCAUCCCAGAGCAGGUGAAGACUGAGCUGCGCCUGGUGUUCGACCUGAUACUAGGAUCUUUCCAGGGCUGCGUGGUGGCCGUCUUAUACUGCUUCCUUAACGGAGAGGUUCAGGCUGAGAUCAAGAGGAAGUGGAGAAGGUGGCACCUGCAGAGGUACAUGAGCUCCUCGGACACCAAGUACCAGCAUCCUUCCAUGGGCAGCAACGGCACCAACUUCAGCACCCAGAUCUCCAUGUUGACGCGUUCCAGUCCUAAAACACAGCACGCCUCCUCGUACUGCCAGGACGAGUCCUCCAUCAUCUGAACGCACACGCAGGACGUGCGCACACAGACAUGCUGACAAGCACACGUGCUAAUAUACAGUCUCUCUCUAUCUCACGUUCACUCUCUCGCUCUUGUCUCCUCACACACGCACGCACACGCACACACAUGAAUGACAUCAAGAAUGUGAAAGCACUAGUUCCUUGUUAAAGAGAGCUAAGAGAUACUAUUCCAGACUAAACCAAUGAGUAUCUUCUCUCUGUGUAAAAGUCUUGCUGGUUGGUUACUUGACUGUGCAGGCAGUGUAACAUCUUAAGAACCCUUCUUGUCGGAGUACAUAGAAUGGAGUGGAGUCAGGUGGCUGAGCGGUGAGGGAAUCGGGCUAGUAAUAUGUGGUAUUUUAUACCAAGAAAACACGGGAUUAGAACGCUCUCCCUGGGCUCGUGGCUGAAGGACAUUAGAAGGACCACUGAAAUUCACAAGAGCAGAGGACAAAGCCAGCACAAUCCAGGACAAGAGUUUAUAUCUGGUUUAUGUCUGGAAGGAUAUUAAUCUGUGAAAUAUGUAAAUGAUCUGCUCUUAUUAGCUAUUCUUAUUAAGAAGUGUGUUCUGUUAUGGCAUCUUAUCUAUUAUGGUCCCUCUCCCUCUGCUUUCCCUUAACAGAUCAUUCCUAGGUCAACUAUCUGGCUGUGUGUUAUAUUCCCUACUUGUGUGACAGUGCGUUUCUUAGCUCUCAACACUCCAGUUAUGAUAGCCCCAAAUCUGUCAUAAGAUGUCUUAAGGGUGACAGUGAUGUGUGACAGCACAAAGUGGGAUCAAAUAUUUUUCAAGUUGUGGCACAUAGCUGUGAAAUCUGAUUUGUCUAAAGGACGUUGUUUUUGAAACCAUGUGGUUGGAGUUAAUAAGAGAUUGAUUUAAAAACUAGUAAAUGGUUUUUUUUUUGUAUUGAACCCCAGAACAGAGUCUCUUUAACUCACAAUACUAAGACACAAAGCACUGAAAAUCUUCAACCACUGUCCAGAAAUCAAUAAUCUUUUUUUAUUCCCUCAGUCAAGUUUGGGUACAGCACAGCAGACAAAAAUAUUUGUAAUAAACAGUUAAGUGUAAUUUUCAUUGUGAGUCAUAGAUUGGAACAAGUUUAUGUUAAAGAUAUGCCUUGCCAUAAGUAAUUGAAUAAGAACAAAACGACUGUCUCUUCUACUGUGAUUGUACAUCUGUGUCACUUUGCAUCAUUUUGUCUCUCUGGACCCUACGUGACUGUCAUGCUAAUGAGUGCCAGCUAUCUGUGGGUGUGACAAGCGCUAUAAGAAUGCCUUACAAUGAUUGGAUAUUGUACAGGAAGUGUACAGUACAGAACACUGUUCAGAGGCAGUGUUUGUGGUUUCACAAGGUGCAUCAAUCUGGGUCAUUUAAGCUACAAGCAAAAGGAUUCACUUUUUCUAUCACUGGAUUUCACUAGUCUUCAAUAACACUUCACAACAAUCACAGCAUUGACAGGAUUUCCUGAUACACUGGUAGAUGCUAGAUGCUAUUUUGACACUGGACAUUUCCCCCAACCUACAGUAGCAGAUUCUCCCAUUGCAUAGGACAACUCUACAUGAUGUACGGGUUUCCAUCGACAUGCGUGGCUGCAUGUUGUCGUCUGACGUGGACACGACUGACACGUCCUUGCUAAGCAGAAUGCCCACAUGGGGCUACACGGUUUACUGAAGCCAUCACUUCCUUAAUGAGGAGUCAGACUUGCUCUGUUAGGAGAGUUGUGUCUUUGCUAAAGCGCUGUGGCAGUAUGUCUAUUUCUGCUGAGGAUAAGGGUUGGCUUUUUAACCUGCAGAGUCAGGAGAGACGAUGGGAGUUGCGUAAAGGCCGGAGAAGCGACAAAGUGUUAAGCUGUCCUGUCAUGGUGAUGCUCUUGUUGUGCUUUCCAGCUCACAUGGUUAGACUUGUAGCUAUACCUCCCUUUUGUUCCUCAAAGGAAGUCAAGUCCUACCCUGCGUGUAAGCUUCGGGGGUUGGACGUGCUAGACCCACCAGGAUACUCAGAGCAGGUGUGUUUCUGCAGAUUCAGAAACUCUUGAGAUGUGAUAUUUUCCAAUGUGGAUGUUGUACCUUUUUGGGAUAUUGAUGAUAAAAUUCACAGUUUGGUGGCUGGUUUCUCUUUUAAUGUCGUGUGUCAGCCAAAGUACCUCUGGUGUCAUGAUGAAUAAUGUACCUUGUUUUCAAACUAAUGUUCAUGUUAAAAAAAAAAAAUGUUUUAUCUCUGUUUAUUAAACAAUUUAUGGAUUGUGGUAAUGUCCUCUGGGAUGGUUAUUGUGUAAUAUGUAAAAUGAUACUGUAAGUAAUUCAAUACAAUAUUUAGUUAUCAAUAAUUGUAAAUGUGUAGUAAGAUGUACAGUGUAUAAUAUGAAAUAGAUGUAUUCUCACAUGUGAUAUGUUGAUUUGUUAGAAUUUGUUGUGUAGGAACUGGAUGUUGUAAUUUAAUAUAUUUAUACGUAUAUGUCUAUUUAUAUAAAGGACUAUGGGUAAUGUAUACUCAGUUCAAAGCAUGCAGCAACAGUAAAAUGAUGUGUUAUGUACUGUACAUGCCAUGAAGAUGUUUCUCACUGAAAAUAGAAGUGUACCAGAAGUGGUAAUUUAAUGUAAUGCUCAUGCCCACAUACAAAACAAGCCAAUAUUUUUAUAUCAUGUAUUUUCUCCUUUCAUUUUAAUGUACAAAAUAUGUAAAUAUUUUGUUAUAUUGUUAUAAUUCACAAUUCAAACCAAUAGAAAUAAACAUUUUAAGAACCACA